UAUUUUUUUCAGAUUGAUUUGGAGCCUGAAGGCAAAGUGUUUAUUGCCAUCACCCUCAUAGGGAGCUUUACGGAAGGAACAAUGCGAGAUGGGCGGCUGCUGAGACACUUUACAAGAAAACGACAGAGAGCCAUGAGGCGGAGGGUGCACCAAGUGAAUGGACACAAGUUUAUGGCAACUUACCUGCGACAGCCAACCUACUGCUCUCACUGCAAAGAUUUCAUUUGGGGAGUGUUUGGCAAGCAGGGGUAUCAGUGUCAAGUCUGUACAUGUGUGGUUCACAAGCGCUGCCACCAGCUGAUAGUGACGGCCUGCACAUGUAUGAAUAGCACAGCUAAA